AUGGUGAAGGUCGAUGUUGAGAUUAGACCAGUAGGGUCCCCUCCUUUCACUUGGGCUUCAUUCACUCAGGCAUUCUUCAAGAAGUUUGUACCUUGUUGUGUGAGGGAGAGGAGGAGGGCUCAGUUUAAGGGGUUCUGUCUGGGGAGUAUGACUGUGACAGAUUAUGAGACCCAGUUCCACCCAUUAUCUCGCCAUGCCUUGAUUAUUCUUCAUGAUGAGGCUGCGAGGGCCAAGUUUAUCAAGCGAGAGGACUAUGAGGAGCAGGUGAUCAAGAGGACCCGCUUUGCCCCUAAUAUUGGUACCUCAUCAGGAGGUAGGUGGCAUCAUGGUGGUAGUCAUUUCCGUCUGCCAGGAGGCCAAUUUAUGCAGAGUUCUCAGGCUUUCGUACCUAGGAUAGCGCUGCAGUCGGCUAGAGGUGGUUCUUAUGGUAGUAGAGGUGAUUCUCAGGCAGAUAGGGGUGGUACUCACCCUAAUCAAGGUGGUGGUCAUGGAACUACUCAGACUUCGAGUGAUCGUGCUCAUUUCUAUGCUUUUUUGGGCAUACUUGAGGCAGAGGCCUCCGAUGCUGUCAUUAUAGGUACUAUUUCGGUAGAUCUGAAAGUCUUGGAUAUGGUAGAUUUUGACACCACUAUUCUUGGGAUGGAUUACUUAUCUCCGUAUCACGCGAUCUUGGAUUUUCAUGCCAAGACAGUUACUUUAGCCAUACCCGGUAUUCCUGGAUUAGAGUGGAAGGGUGCUUAUAGUCACUAUCUGAAGAGUAGAGAGGAGCAUGAGCAACCCUUAAGGAUCGUGCUUGGGAUUCUGAAGGAAAAGAAGCUUUAUGCUAAGUUUUCGAAGUGCAAGGUUUGGCUUAGUACGGUGGCAUUCUUGGGGCAUGUGGUGACUAAUGAUGGUAUUAUAGUAGAUCUUAAGAAGAUUGAGGCAUUUCAAGAUUGGAUUAGACCAGCUUCGGUCACCGAGGUUCAGAGUUUCAUAGGUCUUGCAGGUUAUUAUCGGCAUUUUGUGGAGAGGUUUUUAUCGAUUGCAUCCCCAUUGACAAAAUUGACAAAGAAGGAGGAUAUAACAAAUUGCUUCGUGAGACUUGAUAUUUUGGAGCCUGGUAUAGUUCCAACUUGUAUUGAGGCACGGUCUUCUUUAUUGGAGCGAAUUCGAGCUCAGCAGAUUGAUGAUGAGAAAUUGUGUAAGACUCGGGACAAAGUGUUACAAGAGGAGGCUAAGGACGCGAUUAUUGAUAGUGAUGGAGUUUUCAUUAUCAAGGUUCGAAUUUGUGUUCCUAGAGUGGGAGAUUUGACUCGGUUGAUCAUGGAGGAGGCUCAUUCUUCAGAGUAG